ACGUACAAAACUCCAUGCGUAGGACAAAUAAAAAACAAGCACAUGAAAGGUCAAUGGAUUGUCUUUCCUUUCACCUUUGGGUCAGCUGUCGAACUUGUCAAUGUCAAUCAUUAUUGUAAAUAUCCCAUUGAAAUAUCCAAACUUAAUACCCCAGAAAAACCAGAUACAAAUAAAUUAAGAACAAUAAAUAAAUUCUGGGGUAAACACAAUUUACAAACUGGUAGGCGAAAGAAAAUGUUGGACGAUAUAAUAUUUUUUUCAUCUUUAUUGUUGUGCAUAUCCCUCGGCGGCUACUACAAGAAAAUAGAAGACGCCGAUUUGAAAAGGAACUAUGGAGCCGGUCUGGGAAUAUUAGUGGCUUGUUUGUUAUGUGGCCACUAUAUUUAUCAUACUAUUUUGAUGGUAUGGGGAAACAUAAUCAUAAUCAAGUGUUGUGAUAGACGCUAUGUCCAUCAAAUCAGUAUGGCAUACACCUGGUUAUACCUCCUCUAUCUCCAUUUCAACGUAUCAAGCACGGUCUAUGUGAUCUGGGUGUUCCAGACUAUGGCCCUUCGUUUGGUAGGCCUGGCAUCAGAAAUGUAUGUGGCUAACAAGGGCAAACCAGAGGGAAAAACGUCUUCAGUAAAAAUAAGUUCGGUCGACAAUGACAUUAAUAUGGAACCAACUGCUGUCGAUAUAAUUUCGUACGCAUAUUUCUUUAUUGGAUUUCAUAAAGGUCCAUAUUACAGAUGGAAAAUUUUUAAUGAUCAUUUUACAACUCCUUUCGGAGUUUUGGGUGACUGCAGGAUAAUAACUGAACAAAAACUGAAAAAAGCAUUUAUAUGCGGCAUUGGAUAUUCGUUAUUGCGAAUGAAGUAUUCUCCAGAGAUUUACUAUGACGGCGAUUUUUAUAUUGAGUAUGGGACAGACUUCAGAUACCUGUAUAACAUCCCUCAGCUGAUAAUGUACUUCCUGCAUUUUCAAAUUGUUAUGAUGCUAUGCACCAGUGUGGCAACUGAAACUGGCUUUGGAGUCUUCCCAGCUAAAUGUUUACCACUCCCAGGGUACGGGCCUUCGGCGCAUUUUAGUUUGUUGAAAUUGGCUGCAGCAACACCAGACAUAGCAAUGCAGCAAGAAUAUAACUUCUCAAUGUUAAAGUGCUACGAAAACGAAAAGUUGUUGAUUGGUCCCAGAAUGAAGGAUACAAUGAGGAGUUGGGAUAUGCCUACUCAAUACUGGUUUUGGGCGUAUGUUUAUAAAAAUAUGACUAAAGCCAACCAUGAAGUUAGGAGCGCAUUGUCCUUCCUGGCAUGGACAAUAUGGAGUGGUCCGUCCCUUCAGCAAAUUAUUAUAUCUGCUACUUUGUGGGUGUACGUUCAUCUUGAAGCGGAAUAUGCUGAUCUGUAUGACACUACUGGCGCCCUAAAAUUACCCUGGGAUAUUGGCUUCUCGAUAAUGCGGUUGUUUUGCCUCAUUUAUUUAACGCCAUGUCUUAUUAUAAGUGAUACCGAUGUAGUACUGAGAUAUUAUAAUUCAAUAUUUUGGGUGUAUCAUAUGGUUUUAUUGGUUUUAACUAUAGGAGCGGUGGUGGUAUAUAAAAGUAGAGAUGAGUGAUUUUGAAAGCUUUUUUAAUACUUAGUAUUAUAUAUUGCAUUAAUGAAAUUUAAUUGUUAUUAAACCAAUUAUAAUCAAGUA